AUGUUUACUUUAUCAAUUAUUGGGAGACUUUUGUUGCUUCCUUUUAAGUUGUUGAAACUCACUGUACAAUACUACACAGUAGGAACAGUUUUCACUAAUGAUCUAGCAAAUUUGAAAUUGCAGAGGGUGAUCCAGGCUGGGAUAAUGCAACACAUGGUAAACUAUCUAAGAUUAUCGUUCAUUCAUGAUCAUGCAAUGUAUAAGGUAUCAGAUCUACUUGAGAAAUCUAAACCAAAGUUGAAUCCAGAAAAUGUAAUACCGCAUUACGGAGAAUUUUAUACAAAGAAGGAUGAUAGCUAUCCUGAUAGUAUAUGGCUAACUAAAUCGAACGACAAAGAGAAUGCAGUUAUUGUGUAUCUUCAUGGUGGCUGCUUUGCAAUGCAAUUACAGGAUAAUCAACUUGAUGGGGUAACAAAUAUAUACAAAUCUUUAGAAAGGAGUGGAAAAUCCAUAUCCGUUCUUCUCGUUGACUAUUCAUUAACAUCCAACGGAUUCACCUAUCCUACGCAAAACAACGAGUGUGCUCACGUCUACGAUAAAUUGGUCGGAGACGGAUUCACUAAUAUUGGCCUCAUGGGUGAUUCUGCUGGAGGAAACUUAUGCUUAGCAUUAUUGUAUCGUUUGAGCCAAAAGCCGGCUUAUUCUGUAGUUUGGCCGUCGGCUGUGAUCUUAGUAUCUGCAAUGCUUGACUUGACGAAAGGGAAAUUUGAAGGAUCUCUCAAAGAAAAUGAGGAUGUUGAUGUUUUCAGCUGGCAAGCUAUAAACUACUUUGGUAAUGAAUACGUUGCUAAUACUCGUGUGUUUGAUAAUGAAGUUGAUGUAAAUAUUGCCGCUAAUGCUAGUAAAUUCUCUUGGAGUUCAUUACCCCCAAUUGUGAAAGGUAAUUUAUUGGUUAUUGUAGGAGAAAAUGAAGUACUUAGAGAUGAAAAUUUACGAUGGUGUGAACAAGCUGGCCUUGUCGAAACCUACCCUGAAAACAUUGUUCUUGAUCCUAAAGGUUAUCAUAUUACAUUUUUUGCAUCUGAAAGUGUAGCUUAUGGGACUUUAUCGGAAUGGCAAGAACAACGCUUGACUAAGAAAAUUUUAUCAUUCUUAAAAGAAAAGGCAUAA